UAGAAGAAGAAGAUGCAAGAUGAUGGCUCCUGACGGCAGUGGCGGUGUUACUUCAUGUGCUUGUAAAGGCAUUAGGCGGUGUCUCAUAUGUGAAAAGUUUCGGGGAAAAGGACGGUUGGAGGCGAAUGGACCAAAGAUCGUGCAUCAUUUCCGCUACGAUCCUGAGACGAGGCAUGCCAUACACAAAGAUGCCAAGGCCGUGUCCUUCCCCUUUCCUGGUGUCUUCCUGUGGGAGGACUUCAUAUCAGAAGAGGAGGAGAAAAAGCUGACGAGCACGAUGGACCAAGAUAUGUGGAAUGAGUCCCAGUCUGGUCGAAGGAAACAGGACUUCGGCCCAAAAGUUAACUUUAAGAAAAGGAAAGUGCGUGUAGGUGGCUUCAGUGGGCUCCCUGCUUUGAGCCAAAAACUAGUUCUCCGAAUGCAGCAAGAGCCAAGUCUAGCAGGCUUUCAACCAGUGGAGCAGUGCAAUCUGGAUUACCAUCCUCAGCGAGGUUCCACCAUCGAUCCACACCUAGACGACUCCUGGCUGUGGGGGGAACGUCUGGUCACCAUAAACAUGUUAUCGAACACUACACUCACUAUGUCCCAUGAACAGGGUCUGCCAGAGUUGGGACUAGCAGAGGAAGUCCACGUAGCGGUGCAUCUUCCUCGCAGAUCUUUAGUGGUGUUAUACGGUGAGGCUCGGCAUAGAUGGAAACAUGCCAUUCACAGGGAGGAUGUUCACGAGCGCAGAGUUUGCAGCACUUACAGAGAGCUGUCUGCAGAGUUCCUACCUGGAGGACAGCAUGCGGAGCUGGGAGCUCAGCUGUUGAACAUUGCUUUGAGCUUCCGAGGGACUCCAAUAUAGGCUGAUCUGAUGGUGCAGAGGAAAGCUGUACUACCAGAGAUGAGGGUCCAGAAAUCUCCCAUAGGUGUUCAAUUAGGUUGAGAUCUGGUGACUGUGACGGCCAUAGUGUAUCAUCAAACCAUUUAGUGAGCCUUAUACCAGUUGUGCCAUCAGAAUAAUUUGAAAGAUGGGAUAAUUGCCUGAAAAUUGUACACAUUGUAACUUUAAUUGCUGUGCUUUGCUGUCUCUCAUGUUUUCAUUCCUGAGCAUAGAUGCUUUAAUGAAUUGUUUUAUCACUUUAUGCAAGACUCUGUACAUCAUCCAUAAACAGCUAAUGUGAUGACAAUAGCUAAAACUUCAAACACAAAUUUCUAAGAGAAUUAUAUAAAUGUAGUUAUUACAUGCCAGAGUUUAGUAACAUGAAUGUGCAGUUGGUACCACAUACAGAAAAAUAUUAUAUAUUAUUGGUUACAUUAAAAAUAUGCUACCAGAAUAUACUGGUUAUCAGUCUUAAACAAAUUUAUAAUGCAUGAAAGUUGAAUUAAAACGAAAACUCAAAGCUACAAAAGUAAAUCAAAAGAGCUGUCACCUGAAGCAAUCCUGUAUAGCACUUGUCCUUGAAUGUCUUUAGUUUAAUUAUUAAUGGUUGCUAGCCAGUUCCUCAAUUUUUGGAUAUACUGUAUGUGGUAGGCAUGGGACGAUACCAAAAUUUUUAUGUCGCGAUUAUCCAGGCCAAGAUAACUGCUUUUUGCAAUAUUAUCUCGAUAAUCAUCAAAAUAUGCUUAAAACUCUGUCACUAAAACAUACUGGAAUCACUUCACCUUACAUUUUGUUAAGAAACGUAUUUUUAUUGCAUCACAGAUCGGAUACACAUCUUUUUAGUGAGCAUCCUUUUUAGUGAAAAACAAACAAUCUUAAAUAAGGUAAUCAGAAAUCACAAAUAAAGGAUAAAUAAAAAAUAGAAACAUUGUGUGAGUCUGUUCUUUCGUACAUGAUAAUUCCUGUAUUUUUAAAUCAGGCGCUAUUUUUCACUUCUCUACCACAAUGUCAAAUGGACAACAAUUUCACCAAUUGCAUCAGUAUAUAUAAUUAACCCCUGACUUAAGAAUUAUCCUUUAACAAAAACAAAGUCCAACUUGGCUUUUCAAGUCUUUAGAAGCCAUAUUUUCUGCAGAGCUCAAUCUCUGUCUUUUAAUUAAAAAGAAAAACAUUUCCUACACA